AUGACAGACGUGAAACGAACUUUGCACUAUCAUACGGUGCUCAAGAGCUUCUUGGAUAACUCCUCCGAUACUCUGACGCCAGUUACGUCUUCCAGAGUCAUAAAGGCUAGGGAAAAACUCGGAAAGUUAACCAGCUCGCAAUUCUUUGAUCUGAGCACCGACGUUUAUGAUGAGCUUCAAAGAAGAACUUCUAGCGAAAGCAUGCGUCCGGGAUUUUUACCAGCACAGGCAAGUUUCCAUCCAAAGAGAAAUCAGGCGCGCCAAAAAUUGGCGUCUUUACCAGCAGGCCGAUUCAAAGAUCUGGUUAAUGAUGUGGUAUUCGAGAUCGAAAGACACCAGUCUGGUUACAUCAAGAAAGAGGAUCAGAUCACCAGUAGGGCAGUGAAUGACUUGCCUACCGAAACUUUCAAAAAACAAGAUCUGGUUUUGAAUACUGUGGAUUUGAAAACUCCUUUGAGUGACAAAUUCGAACACUCACCUGUCGAGACGCCGACCCAGAGGGAAAUCAAGAGUACCAAGGUUGUUCCACAAAAAUCGCAAUUAUCUUGGUCCAGUGACGAAGAGGAAGACCUCACAGGUAAACCUUCAGCGUUUCAAUUGCCCAAACAACAGGGACAAAAAAGUGUCGUCCCUGAGUCGACAGCAAAAUCUGCUACACCUUCUCCAACUCGUUCUUUCCACAACGUUGAUUCGACUUCGAGUCCCGAGGCUUUCAAAUACACAGGAGUUUCGUCAGACGCGGCUUCUCCUACUGCAAACAGACUUUCGCAAGGAAGGAACAAGGAUAGAGAUCUACAACUAUUGAUAGAAGAGAGCACGAAAAUGGACAAAAAGAUAACAAGCUUGGAGGCAGAGCUCGCGGGCGUUAAAAAGCAAAAAAGCGAUCUAGAGGCUGCUCAUUCAGAGCUCAAGUCGACUCACGAUCAGCUAUUGUCGUCUCAUUCGGAAUUGAGAUCGACUCAUGACCAACUUCAGUCCAACCACUCGGAGCUUUCUACUUCUCAUGAUGGGUUGAAAAACCAAAUCAAGAAAUACAACAGAAUGUCUAGAGAUUUGAAACAGCUCAUGUUAGAAAAAGAGCAGUUGAACAACACUGUUAAGGAGAAGCAUAUGAACAUGUUGGCUUUGCAAGAGAAAUUAGAUGGCCUUUCCAACUCACACAGUCGUCAAUUGCAAACCGAGAAUAGCCUCAAUGAAUAUCGUGAUAAGCAUGACAAGUUGUUGAAUGAACACACCUCCACCAAGCAACAGCUCGAAUCGUUGCAAGCUGAGAAUGAAAAGCUGAGAAAUGAACUUAGCAGUUUGCAAACACUCAAGGAGGAAAAGAAAACUUCCGACAAAUUGGAUAAGAUUGUUCAGCAGCAGAGAAGCGUGUUAGACAACUCCGAAACAGACAAACUUUCCAAGCUUAAUAAUGAUCUGCUUAAAUGGCAAUCUAGAUAUGAGGAGGCUAGGUCAGAGAAAAUGGCCAAGUCUUUAUCUAAAAGCGUGUCUCUGGGAUCCAAUAGUUUGAAGCUGCUGACCGAUAGCAAAGGGUUGGUUUCUAUGCCAAUUGCAAUCAAUUUCUUCUCAUCGGUUGAUUCCGUUUUGGUUUAUGUUACCGAAGAUGAGAUCAACACCGAUUUGUUGUUUGAGAGAAUAGCCGUGCUUGUGACUCGUGCCAAUGAGAUCGCGAAUGUGGGGCAACUGGGUUCGUCAGAGUUAGCCGACAAGGGCCGUCUGGUGCAGUCUGCAAUCUCCAAUGCAUUGACCAGCACCAGAUACUUCGCAAUGUACCGCGAUGUCAUUCCAAAGCUGGUGAUAAACACUGCUGUUAAUGACGUUUGCUUUGCUGUCUCUGAUUUCUUGAAGGUUGCCAAGCUGAAGAGCGGAGAACCAUCAAAGGCGGCAGACGCUUCGACUCUCACACAACAGGUUCCUAAAUCGUUGAAUUUGUCAAAAGAGCAAACUUUAGAAUCGCCUGCAUCUAAUUCUUUGGAAACUCCGGUGUCUCCUACUCGCUCUGUUCUUGGCGAGGACUCCGACACUCCAGUGCGUCCACUAAGAAUCACCCAAAAGCUUAGCCAAGAGGGCAUCAAGGGAAUUACUGACAAUUCCAAAAAGGCAUCCAAGCCUCCUCCAUUUCUUAACGGAUCCCCUGUUGGAACCCCUAUUGGGCAAAUAGUGGUGACUCCAACCAGAGAACGUAGCCAGGAGGCCGACCCAGAACAACCAAGAUCAGCCCAAAGAGAAGUACCAAGUACAAACGCUGCGAUUUCCUCCUUAGCAUCUAGAUUUUCACCUGACCAAGAGUCAAACUCUCCACAGAGAUCCCAAGGAUUCAAGGCGUCUCCACCAAGAGGAAACAUCCUUGCAAAGAUGAAGAUGUUACAGGAAAAUAGAGAUUCUAGUGUUUCACCUUCGGGAAGCCGUUCUUCAUCUCCUGCAAGAUAUGUUCCCGAAAGCAGCAGUGCGUCCUCGGCAUUCGAUAAGUUCGGUGCCAGAAGAAGAACUAGUUUGGACAGAUCAGUGUCUUCGGCAACCAAUGGCAGUGUUACUAGUAAGUUGAGCGAGCCUGAGAAACUACAGGAGCCAACUUCUAGAGUUCGUGCCAGUGUUUACGAUAAUCCAAUGGCACAAGAGGAAACCACACCUAGAGAAACCAUUGCCGAAGAGACCACUGCGAAGGAGCCUUUGAGCAGCGGCCUGGAAGCGCCACAAUCAGGGGGCACGAUUCCUAGUGCUGGCAGUGCGUUGAAUCCUCUAACUGGACAGUCACCAACGGCGGAAACGUUUGAGGUGGAAAAGUUCGAUACGCUGGAUCCUGACAACACUUUGAAAGAGCUACUUUAUUAUCUGGAGCACCAGACGGUGGAGGUGAUUGCUGCGAUCCAGAAACUGUUGGAAUCGAUCAAGAACCCUAAGGCUACGAAGCUUUUGUUGAAGAACGGAGCUGGACAGAUUAUCAAGGUUGUGAAGCAGAUGGCAGAAGGAACCAACACAUUAAUGAGUCAGACGAGAUACGCCGAGCAGAUGGGUCAUGCACAAUAUGUGGUUGAAGUCCUUGAGGAUUGUGUGCGGCGGAUGGAGGUUUUGUAUUCUAGCGGCGAUGAGCGGAGUGACAAGGAGUUUGCAGAUAAGGCGUUCAAGCAAAGAUCUGCGGGUAUUGCUUUUGACGUUGCUCGGAGUACCAAGGAGCUUGUGAAAACAGUGGAGGAAGCCAGUCUACGCGACGAGAUUGCUGUAAUUGAUUCACGGCUGAACAGGGCUCCUGCAGGCGUUGCAGCAUGA